AUCCGUGUCGUUACAUUUGUCAGAUGGACAACGGUGGCGUUGCACUUGAGGAAGGUGAACUUGAUGAGGAUUUGAGUGAUGAAGAGGCUUCUAAACUAAAGCGUGAAAAUGAAGUAAAGAAAGAAGACAUCCCAGGUGACAAUGAAGUGAAGAAACAUAAAAGUAAGAAAGAGAAGAAGGCGAAGAAGGAAAAGAAACACAAAAAGAAGCAUAAAAAACAUAAGCACAAGGAUGAAGAGGAAAGUUCUGUCAAAAACAAAUCGGUUUCUGAAUCUCCAGCUAAAGAAGUUAAACCUGAAGUUACUAACAACUCUAAGAAUGAAACGGAAAAUAAUGCUCCACGACCUCAGAAAAGAGUCCCAAUUUCCUUAGAGGAACUUAUCUCAAGGAAAAAGGCGGAGGAGGCUGAACAGAUCAAGCCUAAAUUUAUUUCUAAGGAGGAACGCAUUCAGGAAGCUCUUCGAAGGAGACAGGCAGAAGUUCAAGCCCAGCGUGAAAAACAAAUGCAGGAAUUCAAAAAGCAAACAGAAUAUCUUGAAAGCGCGAAAGAUCUGGAAAGAAGGAAACGUGCCGAAGAGUUUGAAGAGCGCAUGAGACAGUAUAGAAACUCAAGGAACUCUGGGAAGCGAGCCGCAGAAGAGAGAGCUUCCGGAGAAAAGAAAAGCCCUAACACUCAGGAGGAACAAGCUAUAAAGGAGCGCUAUUUAGGCCAGAAGCGAUUGACUAAGCGUCGUCCUAGGCGUCUAAAUGAAAGGAAAUUCGUAUUUGAUUGGGAUGCAGCGGAUGAUACUAGUCAAGAUUACAACCCAUUGUACAAAGAAAAGCACCAAAUUCAAUUUUUUGGUCGUGGUCAUAUUGGUGGUAUUGAUAUCAAGCAACAAAAAAAAGAAAUCGGACGUUUUUAUUCAAAGCUACUGGAAGAUCGUCGUUCUGAUACUCAAAGAGUUCAAGAAGAGAAACGACUGACUGGUGUUGCAAAACGUGAAGCUAAACAAAAGUGGGAUGACAGACACUGGACUGAAAAGGCUGUAGAUCAAAUGACAGAGCGUGAUUGGAGAAUUUUCCGAGAAGACUUCAGCAUAUCUACAAAGGGUGGUAACAUUCCUAAUCCUCUUAGAUCAUGGGCGGAGAUGAAUGUAGCUGACGAACUCAAGGAAGUUAUCAAAAAGGUCGGUUAUCCUGAGCCAACACCAAUCCAACGUCAAGCAAUACCUAUUGGUUUACAAAACCGAGAUAUUAUUGGUGUUGCAGAAACUGGUUCGGGUAAAACAGCAGCAUUUCUUAUACCUUUACUCAAUUGGAUUCAGCGACUUCCAAAAUUAGAAAGACUUGAGGAUACAGAACAAGGGCCAUAUGCUAUUAUCAUGGCUCCUACAAGAGAACUUGCUCAGCAAAUUGAAGAAGAAACAGUCAAGUUUGGUCGUCCUUUAGGAAUCAAAACUGUUUCUCUAAUCGGUGGUCUUUCACGUGAAGAUCAAGCUUUAAAGCUUCGAAUGGGGGCUGAAAUAGUUAUUGGUACACCUGGUCGUUUAAAUGAUGUUCUGGAAAAUCGGUACAUGGUACUAAAUCAGUGUACAUACAUUGUGUUGGAUGAAGCCGAUAAAAUGAUUGAUAUGGGUUUUGAACCUGAAGUCAACAAUAUUCUCACUUAUUUACCAGUUACAAAUGAAAAGCCAGACAAUGAAGAUGCUGAGGAUGAUUCAAAGUUGCUAAGCAAUUUUGCAACAAAACACAAAUAUCGUCAAACUGUUAUGUUCACUGCUACUAUGCCGCCUGCAGUUGAACGCCUUGCUCGCACGUAUUUACGCCGACCUGCUAUGGUAUACAUUGGAAGUGCUGGUAAACCAACAGAACGAGUAGAACAAAUUGUUUACAUGGUUUCUGAACAAGAAAAGAGGAGAAAACUUUUAGAAAUACUUUCUUCGGGUCUUGAUCCACCUGUGAUUAUUUUCGUCAAUCAGAAGAAAGGUGCUGAUGUACUCGCUAAAGGAUUGGAAAAGCUUGGUUACAGUGCUGUUGUAUUACACGGUGGUAAAGGACAAGAACAACGAGAAUAUGCUUUAGCAAGUUUAAAAUCUGGUCAGAAAGAAAUCUUGGUAGCUACUGAUGUCGCAGGUCGUGGUAUAGACAUUAAAGAUGUCUCCAUGGUUAUUAAUUAUGAUAUGUCAAAAACUAUUGAUGAAUAUGUGCAUCGUAUUGGACGUACUGGAAGAGCUGGUAAAUCUGGUGUGGCUAUCACUCUAUUAACAAAAGAAGAUGCUCCAGUAUUUUAUGACUUGAAACAGCUGUUAGUCCAGUCCCCUGUGUCCACUUGUCCGCAUGAUCUUGCCAAUCAUCCAGAUGCUCAAACGAAACCUGGCAUAUUAGCUGCUAAGAAACGACGUGCUGAAGAGACAGUUUAUAUUACAUAAAAAGAAGUGUGUGUUUGUGUGUGUGUGUGUAAUUAUAAAUUGUAUCAAUAAAUAUUUGCAGUUCUGUUUGUAAAUAUACUAUGAAAAAAAUAAUAAUCUAACUACUAACUAAUUCAUAAUAUUUGUACAUAAAAUAACUUGUUAAUA